CACCCUCGUCCAUCCUGCUUUGCUGUGCAGAUCCCCGGCCUUCCUUCUCCUAGCCACAUCAGAAGGAACAAAAGAAGGAGCAGCGCCGAGUAGCAAAGGACAACUAAAACCAUCAUGUCGGACGCAAACGCAGACACGGUCGAGUACGCCGCCGCCGGUGAGGCCGUCAUCCACAAUGCUCAGGCAGACGGCGCCAAGCACCCUGAGGCGGCCAUCGGCCGCCCGCUCACUGUGCCAAGCAAGAUCGAGGGGUUGCAUCUGUCAGACAACGGGCUGGUCUACCCAACCGAGGAUGAGCGCCGCACGCUCCGCCGCGUACCCGCCGCUCUGCCCUGGAUGGCGUUCUGGGUCGCAUUCUGCGAGCUAGCAGAGCGCUUCUCAUACUACGGCUGCACGCAGGUUUUCCAAAAUUACAUUCAGCGUCCGCGCCCAUCAUACGACUAUGGCGGCCUCACUGGCGCCAACCGCAGCCAUGAGGGCAACGCUGGCGCGCUCGGCAUGGGCCAGAAGGUCGCGACGGGGCUGACAACGUUCAACUCGUUCUGGGUGUACUGCACGCCGCUCCUCGGCGCCUACCUCGCCGACGCGCACUGGGGCCGAUUCAAGACAAUCUGCAUCGCCGUCGCCAUCGCGUCAAUCGGACACAUCAUGCUCAUCAUCAACGGCAUUCCCCAUGUCAUGGAUAACCCGGACGGCGCACUGGCCUGCUUUGUCAUCAGCGUCAUCGUCAUGGGCUUCGGCACCGGCUUCUUCAAGUCCAACGUCGCCCCUCUCAUCGCCGAGCAGGUCGCCGGGCAGAAGCAGAUCGUGCGCGUCACCAAUUCCGGCGAGCGCGUCAUCGUCGACCCCACGCUCACCAUUUCGCGGCUAUUUAUGUACUUUUACCUUGCCAUCAACAUUGGCGCCGUCCUGGGCCAGGUCGGCAUGUCGUUCAGUGCCAAAUACGUUGGCUACUGGCUUGCCUUCACGCUGCCGACGGUUGUCUUCUUGCUGUGCAUCCCCGUGCUAUACUUUGGGCGGAACCGCUAUGUGCGCUCGCCACCCUCGGGUUCAGUGCUGGCGAACGCGCUGCGCCUACUGCGCUUCGCGAUACGCCGUCGCGGCUGGAGUUUCAACCCCCGCGCCGACGACUUCUGGACCAACGUCUUACCAAGCAGCUUUGCCGCCGAGGACAGACCUAAGUGGAUGACCUUCGACGACCAGUGGGUCAUGGAGGUCCGCCGUGGCUUCAAGGCGUGCGCCGUCUUUGGCCUUUACCCGCUCUACUGGCUCUGCUACAACCAGAUCAACAGUGCGUCGCAAAGCAUGAUGCGGAAUGCUCUACGGUCGAGUGUACUGUCGCUGAUUCUUCUCCCUUUAUUCUGUAUCAUGUUCUUCCGUGCAGACAACCUUACCAGUCAAGCUGGCGUGAUGGUCAAGAAUGGCGUGCCCAAUGAGAUCACCGCGCAACUCGAUCCGCUCUUCAUCAUUGUUCUCGUUCCCUUCCUUGACUGGAUCGUCUACCCGCUCCUGCGCCGCUUCGGCUUUAACUUCAGCCCGCUCAAGCGCAUCUGCGCCGGUUUCUUCUGCGCCUCAUUCGCGAUGGUCUGGGCUGCCGUCGUGCAGCACUACAUCUACGUCAAGAGCCCCUGCGGCACGGACACGUCAGGAAACCUCCCUGGCACGAGCAUCCAGUGCCCCCCGGCGCCGAUGAGCAUGUGGAUCCAGUCGGGCUGCUACGCGCUUAUCGCGUUGUCGGAGAUCUUUACAUCGAUUACCGGUCUCGAGUACGCGUUCACCAAGGCACCCGGCAACAUGAAGUCGCUCGUCAUGUCGCUGUACCUGUUUCAGACGGCACUCGCCAACGCGCUCGGUUUUGCGUUCGUCGAGCUCGCCGGUGACCCGAACCUGGUGAUCAACUACGGCGUCUUUGCCGGCCUGGCUUUCGUCGGGGGCUGCCUUUUCUGGUUCUUCUUCCACAAUCUCGAUAAGGAGGAAGACGCUCUGAACAACCUUGACGAAGGAGUGUACGGCAAGCAGGACGCUGUCGGCAAUGCUACAGCCGCGACCAACUCGUUCGACGAGAAGUAUGGUUAAUUACUUGAAAAAAUAGGGAACAUGCGAAGUAGGGCCCGCUCGCCCUUUCUUUUUCCUUCUGUCGAGCAAGCUUCUUUUAUAGACCAAAUCGCUUCUUGGGAAGGGUUCAAGUGGGAAGGAGGUAUUGCAUCCACUUCUUGUCAUCUUUGCUUUCUCAUGCAUACCGUGCAUCAAUCACCCUGCUCUUGUUUUGCUACCCUGCGAUGGACGCCCAGUUCGCGCGCU